UUGCAGAGCGGAAACCAGGCUGAAUGUCAAAAGGAAGCAGCAAGUCAUCGAACAGCGGAAUGUUCCAUUAAGGAUCGGCCGGCACUACGCCUCGAUUCUCGGCUUGUUUGCAAGUACGAGGUGUUAGCUGUCAUAGGAAAGGGUUCCUUUUCUCAGGUUCUUCGGGUGCAGCAUCGCCUCACGCACAAAUAUUACGCCGUGAAACUGGUAUCGUCCGACUGCGGCACUGUAAAUAAUGAACUGUCGAUUCUGAGCCGCGUACAACACCCAUUCGUUAUUAGGCUUGAAGAAGUGUUUAAGUCCUCCUCGCGGUUAUUCAUUGUGAUGGAGAUGGCAAGCGGCGGUGAGAUGUAUGACCGAGUGGUGGCCAAAGGACGAUAUUCGGAAGCGGAAGCUCGACAGGCGCUUCGAAUGCUCCUCAACGGUCUCGCCUACUUACACAGCAUUCGAGUAACACAUCGGGAUCUCAAACCGGAAAACCUGUUGUACAGCGAUACAACACCCGACGCUAGGCUUCUAAUCACCGAUUUUGGCCUGGCUUAUCAGGCAGAAACAUCUCAGGAAAAAAUGACCGAAACAUGCGGCACACCGGAAUACAUCGCACCUGAGAUUAGCAUAUGA